AAGACUCAGGUGGCCUCUAAAUUAAGCCAGACCACCCCCCCACCUCCAAUCCUUCAUCCCUGCUCAGUCUCAUUUUCCCAGAGAAGAAGGAAACCAAAUGAGGUGCUAUGACUGCAAAGGAGGCCCCGGCAGCUCCUGCAAAGAAACCGUGGCCACCUGCAGGGAGGGAGAACGCUGUGGCUUCCUGGAGCGCAAACCCCAGCCAGGCCUGGGACCGAACAAGCUAUCUGGAAACCCCUCAGUGACCUUGAUUCAUCACUAUCCAGCCUGCGUGGCGGCCCAUCAUUGCAAUCAAGUGGAAACAGAGUUGGUGGGAGAUGUGACUUACACAACCCACAGAGACUGCUGCGUCGGAGACCUGUGCAACAGCGCUGUCGCGAACACUGUGGCCCUGCCAUGCCUCCUGGCUGCAACAGCCACCACACUGGCCUGGCUCUUGCCAGCACUGUAAAGAGGGUAGUAGGCUCAAGGGAAGGGAAGGGCACAAGGGAGUGAGGGAACAAAGGAGAUUCGAGGUGAGAAGACAAACAGCCCUCUGUGAGCCAUUAAAAUCUAUCCACCACCCUA